GAGAGUUAACUUCAAGAAUAAAGCGUGUACGUAUUAAUAACUCUUCUAGGUGUAUUUAUUGUUGAUAGAAAUAGUAAAAUUAAUUGAGGAAAUUAUUAAAACUGAAGUGUUUAUGUGAAACGUAGACGUGUAUUUGAGUGAGUGUCAAACACCUGAAUCUAAAUUUUCACGGAUAAUAUUGUAAGAAAAGGAAUCAUAAGCAGCACGACAACACCAUAAUAUUCAGUAUCAUGGAGUUCAGAUUUAAUUUGGCGCCACUGUUUAAAACAGACAUCAUAAAGGUUGAUAACAAUCUUGUACCUCUAGGAUUUCACGGAGACAGGCGUACCAUAUUAGACACAACAUCUAAAAUAACCGAAAUUAUUAAUGAAAUGGGUGAAUCGUCUGCACGCGCUCAAGGCCUAACUAGGGCAGUGACUACCGCACAGAAACUUAGAAAUUCCGACCAAGUCGUUUACCUACUUCGUGAAAACAUCGGGAAAAAUGGUGCAGUCACGGGACUAUUAAAAGUUGGCACGAAAAAUUUAUAUGUUUUCGAUCCGAAUGGAGAAACAAAACAAGUGUCCGCACCGUGUGUGCUCGACUUUUAUGUGCAUGAAUCACGACAGCGAUCAGGACUUGGUAAACAAUUAUUUCAAACAAUGUUGGAUUCGGAGGGAAUCAAUCCAACGAAACUGGCUAUUGAUCGACCAUCCGAGAAAUUGGUUGGUUUUCUAAAGAAACAUUACGGUCUUGAGAGAACAAUACCCCAAAUGAACAACUUCGUUGUUUAUGAAGGAUUUUUCAGCGCAUCACAACUUCCACAACAACUGGAUGAUCGAAGAUUAAAUAUAACUGCCAGUCCUAACACCGCUUUAUUCGGGCCUCAUUUUAUUAGUGACGAAAGUGCGAAGCGAAAUAUUCGGUCAAAAACUAGUUCGCCGUGUCUACCAGCUAUACAAAAUGCUCCAAUUGGACGAUUCGGAGCGGGACGACCAACUUGCAGCAUGAAUCAGAUAAUUCAUAAUACACCUUCAACGACGGCGAUGGCGUCUGAACCAAAUAGUCCCCGCGUCGACUAUAUCAUCCACCACGAUGACUACGUUGACGAUGAUCUAAUUUGUCAUCACAACAUGGACGAAAAAAUUCAAGUCGAAAUCGAAGAGAAACUUGAUGAAAUGAUUCAAAAUGUGAACAACAUUGAUCUGAACAUUGAACCCGUACGCGAAAAGGAAUUUAAAGAAGUUAAAUUCGAAGAACAGGUCAAUGUUAAAGAGUUCGUCGAACCGAUUCACAUUAAAAAACCCAAUCAUUUUCCAUUGUCGAAACAGCAUACCGGCUUAAAGAACAUAUCGUACAAUGUGGGUGCCGCUGUAUCACCCACCGACAAAAUGGAAUUCGAUCAAGAAGAGCCGGAAAGUUUCGGAGUUUUGAAAAUCAAUCGACCGAUCGGUAAGACAUUACAAGUUGACAAUACCGAUGCUGUGUCGACAUUGUCCAACGGAUCGGAAGGACUAACCGAUCAAGGAUAUUUUGAUUUGAAAUUUUAUCACAAUAAAUUGUGGUAGACGUCAAUUUAGAUAAAAUUUGAUUUAAAUUUAGACUAGCAAUGCAAUAUAAUCUUAUCAGUAUAGAGAGGAGUCUUCGUACGCAGUGCAAUAGUGUUUGAAAUUCGAGAACGAAAAUGAUUUACAUUAGAAGGAGUCAAAUAGGGAACGUUUGUAAAGAUUUUUUUAUAUAAAAAUUCAAUAGUUUUUAGUAAAUAAUAACUGUUCAUUCCCGGGCGUCGCCAUUCAAGUCGUUGAAUAAAUUAAACGAAAAAAUAUUAAUUCUAAUGGAAGAGCAUAACGCUCAUAUCGACUUACGGUUAUUCAAUUUAUAUUCGUAGUUUUUCAAAAUUCUCGCUGGCUUUUUGGCGUGUCCCGUUAGUGAACUUAAAUGUAUUUGAUAUACGACGUAAGAGCCGUAAUUCGCGUGCAUUAUAAUUUAAUUGUAUUCGUCAAUGAACCAAUGCAAUAACGUGCAAUAAUCAUAAGUAAACCAGAAUAGGUACCUUAAAUCAGCAUUUUUAACUUAAACUAAUUUUAUUAGCUUUAUUCUUUUACAGACGGUCAUGUCAUCGGUUUAUGAUAGACAUGACACUGGUACUGAUUCCAUGCAUACAAAGUUUGAUUGUUUAAAAACAGCUUGUUGAAAUGACUUAUAGAUCAUAAAAAAGUAGAAGAAUCGAGCAUACAGGUGACAUACUAGCCGUCUGUGAAAGAUUAAAGAGUUACAACAACUACUUGAUACCGGCACCAAACCGGGACGAAAAUCUUUAUUUAAAAAAAAGAAAGAUUUGAUCUGUACAAUUUAGAUGUAAAUUGUGUAAAAUGGCUUUUGCAAAAGCUUCAACCGUUAUUAGCAGUGUGCAAUAAUCAAAGAUUUAUUUUUAGCUUUGCACCGUUUUAAGUAAUCAUUUGAUUUUACAAUUAAUUUCUUUGUUUUUCGUUGUUGUUAUCAGUGAAUGUUAAAUAAAAUUAAAAUCUCAUUUACAUAUAUUUACAGCGCACCAUUUGAAUCAAAAUUCCGAAAUUAUAUGAUCUAAAAACACACAAAGAAAACCUAAGUAAUGUGAAAUUAUUUAUUGUGAGAAUUAUUAAGAUGUUUAAAUGUAUAGGAUUUUUAGUUGAUUUUGUUUUAUUUUUUCCUAAUUCUUUGAUCCUAAUUUAUUAUUAUGUAACAAAUUGAAGAAUUGCAAACGCUGAAUUCAUUGUUUCAUUUUAAAAAUGGCAUUCACAAAAAUGGCAUGUAAUUUCUUGGAAAAUUCAAAGUAAUAAAAUUACAAAAUAUUUAUUGAACAGAUCGUCAUAA